AUGUCAAACAAUCGACCUUUCGCACGAUUCAGCCUUGGGGUCCCAGGAGGCAAAUUCAUGGAAGAAUACCCACGAUCAGUUAAUGAGCUGAACCGCACAGAGGUCAAGUUGCUGACAGAGAUUCUGCAUUUAAACAACACCACUGUAUCUCAAAUCCAGCAAGUCCAAACCCUCAUCAAAGCCCUUCCAAAACGCCUUCACCGUCAACAAGUGUCGUUGUCAGGUCUCAAGAUAAAGCCUUCGGGACUAUGUGAUCUCCACCGACUCAUGAAUGCCGACGUGCUCCGCGAUAUCUUGAACCUUGUCCAGCGAGAAGUAACGCGAUGCUUCCAGCCAUUCGAUCGACACCCUCAACAUGUUAUGCCUACCGAAACAUAUAUUUUGAAUAAGUUGCGUGCGUUGAAGGGGAUGUGGACCAAGCCCGUAUUAGGUAGCUCAGUAGCGGCGGGCGCCUGGCCGUACCAGAUCAACGGAUGUGCAGCAUGCAUGCUCGGUCAUAUUGCAGUUCAAAAAGAAAUUGUUCUUCUGCUCCGUGUCGUACUGCAGAGUCGGACGAGAACGGGAAGAACUCAUCGCCCACGGAGACUCAUGAUGUUUGUGGAUGAGUGUAUGAAUCGUUUCUGUCAUGAAGACACCGAGGAGAUAUUUUUGAUUUCCAGCAACUUGGCGUAUCGCAUGAAAGCUACCCGAAAGGCUUGUAGCAAGGCCCGUGGUCAGGCGAGUCGAAAGGGACUUCGACCGAAGGAUGGUGGGCUGGAGAAUGUGCCGGAAACCUCAGCAGCAAUUGAUGGCCAAGACGGUGCCCAUGUAGGAGACAGAGUGAAAGGUUCUCAACAGAAUGUACCAACCCAGGGAACAAGGGUCUCCAUGAACACCGAGGCUGAAUGGACAGCACAGUCAGUGCCUGGGAGUUCGGGGUUGAUAUACGCCAGGUCUCCUGCUUACUAUCAAAAUAUAGAGCAGUCGGAUGACACUUACCUCCACCUUAUGCAGUAUGAUAUAUCAAAGGCAUGCAAUGAACCUUUCUAUAACCCUUGGCUAGGUGAGGAGGUUGACAGACGCGAUCAGUUCGAUGAAGAAGAGUCCAACGGUUCAGAAGAUGAGUGCGAUUCUUCACACGAAGCUAGUACAUGUACAUAG